AACAAAAAUUGUUAGUUAAAGCUCAGUUCGGUUUGAAAUUUUCAGGUGAUCAGGUGUGGAUUUUUUCGGGAUCAUUAUGGGUGAACUAGAAGUGGCAAUUGCUCUGUAUGCCGUAAUAGGUUUGUGUACCCUGAUCUAUGGCUGGAUGAAAUCUCGGAUGCUUUAUUGGCGCCGCCGGGGCAUACCCUAUGAGGAGCCGGCAUUUUUGUUGGGCAACAUCAAAGGGGUGGGGGUGAAAAGACAUUUCUAUGAACCCCUAAGGGAGGUUUAUGAAAAAUUCAAGGGCUCUGGACCCUUUUGUGGUUAUUAUAUGCUGGUGCAACCGGUGGCCUUGGUACUGGAUCUGGAUUUAGCCAAAAAUAUUCUGAUAAAAGAUUUCCAACAUUUUGAGAACCGUGGAGUGUUCCACAAUCCCCAGGAUGAUCCGUUGAGUGGCCAUCUGUUCAAUUUGGAGGAUACGGUGUGGAAGAAUUUGAGAACAAAGCUAUCGCCUACUUUUACCUCGGGUAAAAUGAAGCAAAUGUUUUCGUUGGUGGUCAAGGUGUCAAAUGAUUGCCGAGAGGUACUGGAUGAGAUGCUGCAGCAAUCCAGGGAGGUGGAUAUUAAGGAAUUGGUGGCCCGUUAUACCACCGAUGUCAUAGGGUCCUGUGCCUUUGGCCUGGAAUGCAAUAGCCUCAAAGAUCCCGAGGCCGAAUUCAGGGUCCUAAACAAACGUAUGUUUACCAAAUUUCGUCAUCCCAAAUUGGUGCACGCCUUUAUGCAUGCCUUCCCCAAACUGGCCAAACGUUUGCGCAUGCGUGAAAUGCUGGAUGAGACAAAUAAGUUCUAUUUUCGCAUUGUCCGAGAGACGGUGGAAUAUCGUGAGAAAAAUAAUGUGAAACGUAACGAUUUCAUGAAUAUGAUGAUUGAAAUGAAGAAUUCGAAAAAUGAAAAUGAGAGGCUGACAAUGAAGGAAAUCACGGCCAAUGCUUUUUUGUUCUUUGUGGCGGGUUUUGAGACCUCCUCUACCGCGCUGGCUUUUGCUCUCUAUGAAUUGGCCCGGAAUCAAAGGGCGCAGGAUAAAUUGAGAACGGAGAUUCGUGAGAUAUUGGGGAAGUAUGAGGGCCAAAUAACCUAUGAGGGGACACAGGAAAUGAAGUAUCUGGAACAGGUCAUAAUGGAAACCCUACGCAAAUAUGCCGUCCUGCCCCAGCUGCAACGCAUGGCCAAGGUGGACUAUGACACCAAUGUCCCUGGCUAUGUCAUACCCCGAGGUACCCUGGUCUACAUACCCGUUGAUGCCAUACAAAAUGACGAGGAAAUCUAUCCCGAACCCGAAGAAUUCAGGCCCGAAUGUUUCGAGCCGGAAGAGAUGCAAAAACGCCAUUCUCUCACCUGGCUGCCAUUUGGAGAGGGUCCUCGGAACUGUAUUGGCAUGCGUUUUGGUAAAAUGCAAGUUCGUGUCCUGCUCAUAGCUCUUCUAAGGGAUUAUCGUUUCACUUUGACACCGAAGACGCCCACGCCAUUGGGAAUUAAUCUAAGACUGCCGUUGAUAACCCCGGAUGAGGUGGUUUUAAAUGUGGAGAAAUGUUAAAGGAGGAGGAUUUAGAAUUUAAUAAAUUACACAAAGCGACAAAA